AUGGCGGGGGAAGGCUUAUCCGUCUCUACGCCUACCGAAGUGCGUCCCCCAUCAUCCGCUAGGCCCGCGGGAAUCGGCCUUUCGAGCCAGAAUGCAUCAGUCGCUGCGCUCAAUGCCCCUCGUCCACCCACGGAGUCUGGCCCAGCCGCUGAUUGCGCUGAAUCUCGUCUGUCGCCUAAGUGGACCUUUACCCAGCUUGGUUCUGCCCUCGAGUCGGAUAGUCUCCCCGAGAAUACUCAGCCUAGUCCAACACACGCGGCUAGCGACUCUUCCGGUAGUGACGACUAUGAUCCAGGAUAUACAGACAACGACGACCUUUGUGAAACAUGUCAAUUCCUAGUCGAACCUGGCCCAGUGUGUGAGGGUUGGGAGGUAGAAUUUCAUGGAAAGCAGCCAGAGUUCACCUUUCCCAUUUGGAUCCUUACUACGAAAAUUACUUGGUCUGAUAAUUUGAUGACCAGCCUAUUCGCCGACUAUUGUCCUCUCUGUUACGAGUUGCGUUGGAACAUGAGAAGAAUUGAUAAUGAACUCUUCCAACAACAACCUACGCAGGAUGAGAUCACCGUUGUCAAGCAGUGCGAAUACCGACCAAACUGGAAUUGUUUCGGUAUUAAGCUGACCGUAAAGACUAAGAGUGUGGAUCAAUUCGGCCUGCCUGUAACUAUGUAUGCUAGAACUGAGAUUUACCCAGAGAGCGGUAUGUAUCAUCCUCAUCCUCGCAACUCAAAGUGUGAGGAGGAUUUUAAAGUUCAACUGCUCUCGGAUCGCGCAAUUGGGAAUCCGGGUCCCUUCGAGUCAAACACUGGGUCAGACCUUACCUGGCAACUUGUGAGCAGCUGGAUGGCCAAAUGUCUAUCGAGCCACCAAACAUGUAACCAGGUGCAGUCGGCGGCCCCGCCGCUCCCAACAAGAGUCAUUGAUGUUGGGUCUAAGGGUGACAGUCGUCCGCCAUGCCUCCAUGUGGUAACCGAAAAAACAUCAGGACGCUAUGCAACCUUGAGUCAUCGCUGGGCAUCUGAGGAGCCGCUGAAACUUGAGGUAAAUAACCUUCAGGAUUUCAAACAAGAAAUCCCGUUGGAAAGACUUCCGAAGACUUUUCAAGACGCUAUAGAAGCAACAAGGCGCUUGGGAAUUCGGUACAUUUGGAUAGACUCCCUUUGCAUUAUCCAGGAUUCUCCAGAUGGGAAGGACUGGGCUGCAGAAUCUGCAAAAAUGACGAGCGUGUAUGAGAACUCGUACAUCAACCUUGCCGCGACACAUGCCAUGGAUUCAACACAGGGUUGUUUCUUCGAUCGAGAGCCUUUUCUAGUCCGUCCCAUUCGCCUUCAUGUCAACUGGGCAAUGAAAUCAGGAUACUACUACGCCGCAGCGUCUCACCGCUUUACACUCAACGUCACCGUGGCCCCCUUGUACCGGAGAGGUUGGGUAUAUCAGGAGCGAACACUAGCUCCUCGCAUGAUCCAUUGCUCCCACACACAGUUGUAUUGGGAGUGCCUCGAGAGCAUAGCCAGC